CUGACGGUGACACACAGAGAGCAAAGAAACGCAGAUGUUAAAAAAUGUCCGAAGCUACAGGAAAAAACUGAUUAAAUUUAUUGACAAACAAAUAUAAAAGACAUGCCCAUGAAUAGAGAGGAAGAGUCGACCCCCCUGGUGUUCAGAGGCCGGGAGGGCAGCCAGAGGUCCAGUUCGAGCGUGGCAGCUGGCUUACAAGUGCACCUCUACUUUUCUCCUGGCACAAAGGAUGCAACAGUAAUACAGAUUUCAUCUGGACAGAUAACUGCAGAAAAUGUUUGCAUACAAGCAGGAAAGAAAAAUGGAAUCUUACCAGUGUACCUGAGCCUUUUCGGUUUGGCCUCUGCAGAUUUGUCAUUUUGGUAUCCGCCAUCACACAUUUUCGACUCAGAUGAAAACUUAGUCGUCCACUUUAGAGUAAGGUUUUUCUUUGGAAACUGGUUCGCACAAGGAUCCAGAACCUCCUACCGCUACAGUCCGACAAGAGACAGAAUCAGUCCCGUGCUUGACUACAAUGUCAUAGAUUACCUUUUCGCUCAGGUGCGAAGUGACUUCAUUGCAAGUGAAGGAGGAAUCGUUCCACCUUUGAGCGCCCAGGAGGAAUGCCUCGGCCUCGCUGUGUUGGACUUGUGGAGAAUGGCUAAAGAGAGACACCAGACUAUAAGAGACCUCUGCAAGACCGUCAGCUAUAAAUCAUGCCUCCCCAAGUCACACCGAACUGACAUCCAGAAACGAAACCGCCUGGACCGCUUUCGAAUCCGGAAUACUCUUAAGCGUUUCUUGAAGAAACUUGGCAAAUGCUCAAUUGAUGAGUAUAGCUUAAAACUCAAAUAUCUGAUUGAACUGGCUGGCAUUGAGCCCUCUCUCGGGAGUGAGACCUUCCGUGUCAACCAUUCUUCCUCUCACUCUGAAGCAACGUUCACCCUUCUGCACAUCUGUGGGGAGACAGGAAUUCAAACUGGUCAUCCUGAUGGUGCCCUGGAAUGGCAAACCUUCUGUGAUUUCCAUGAAAUUGUAGACAUCAGUAUUAACAGGAUCUUAAAUGAGAUAGUCCCACAAGACAGCAGGAUGGUAACAAUAACUCGGAAGGAUGACAGAUGCCUGAAAGCUAGUUUCCAGAGUCGCAAAGAGGCACUUUCAUUUAUGUCACUGAUUGACGGCUACUUCAGACUAAUCACAGACUCAAGCCACUUCUUCUGUCAAGACAUUGCUCCGCCAAGCCUUCUAGAGGGCCUCAAAAACCAUUGUCAUGGCCCUAUCAUAUCAGAGUUUGCAGUCAACAAGCUGAAAAAGUCAGGAUGUAAAGGCGGUACCUUCCUUAUCCGGCAAAGUCCGAAGAACUAUGACAACUUCUUCCUCACUGUUUGUGUUCAGACUCCACUUGGACAUGAUUAUAAAGAUUGUCUCAUUAUUAAAAAUGAGAGCUACAGUCUCCCUGGUGUUUCAAAAUCAUUUUCCAGCUUGACAGAACUCGCCAACUAUUAUCAACACAACAUGCUCCUGCUGGCCGAGAUACCAGUCAAGUUAGCACGCUGCUGCCCACCUCGACCCAAAGAACUCACAAAUCUCAUAAUCGCACGAAACAGCAGUUUAUUUGAAGCACAAGGGUCUCCAACACCUGAAAGAAACAAGUUCAGUCACAUUCAGAUCCACAUGAUCAAAUUUGGAGACCUCAAAUGGGCUGAGAGCCUAGGACAGGGGUCCUUCACUCGAAUUUUUAAAGGCUACAAAACUGACAUCCGGGAAGGGGAAAAACACUUGACUGAAGUUAUUCUGAAGGAGCUUGAUUCUGCUUACAAGAACUGCUGGGAGUCACUCUUUGAAGCUGCCAGUUUGAUGAGCCAGAUUUCUCAUAAACACCUUCUCCAUGUAUAUGGUGUGAGUGUUCAAGGAGCACAAAACAUCAUGGUGCAGGAGUUUGUCAAGCACGGGGCCCUUGACCUUUACUUGAAAAGAGGGACAUCUGUCUCAGUGAGCUGGAAACUCAGCAUAGCCAAACAGCUUGCAUGUGCACUCAACUUUCUGGAAGAGCAAAACAUUGUUCAUGGAAAUAUUUGUACCAAAAACCUGCUGCUGGCAAGAGAAGGUGACCCCUCACUGGGCAGCUCUCCAUUCAUCAAGCUGAGUGACCCGGGCAUCAGUGUGGUCUUGAUGGGCAUUGAAGUUAUUCUGGACAGGAUCCCCUGGGUGGCCCCUGAGAUGCUUGACGCCCCAGACAACCUGACCCUUGAGUGUGAUAAGUGGAGCUUUGGUGCCACUGUGUGGGAAAUCUUCAACAAUGGAAACUCCCCGUUGAGAGGCUGGAGCCUAGAUCAGAAGAGACAUUUUUAUGAGAACAUGCAGCAGCUGCCACCCUCCCAGUGGACAGAGUUAGCAGAUCUGAUUGGUCAAUGCAUGGACUACGACACUGCCUUCAGACCUUCAUGUCGCAGUAUCAUCCGUCAGCUCAACAGUCUUAUCACAUCAGAUUAUGUGAUACUUGAUGCUGCUGAACCGGUGACACAAAGCCCCAUGUCCAUAGCUGUCAACCCUGCUCCAUAUGAUCACACGCUGUUUGAGGAGAGACACUUAUGCUACAUCUCCCCACUGGGAAAAGGAAACUUUGGUUGUGUUGAGCUUUGUCGUUAUGAUCCUUUGGGCGAUAACACCGGUGAACUCGUGGCUGUGAAGAAGCUGCAGCCUAACAAAGGUCCAAAUCUACAGGAUUUCCAGAAGGAGGUUAAAACCCUCAGUGUUUUACAUUGUGACUACAUCGUCAAGUACAGAGGAGUCUGCUACAGCAUGGGUCGCCUCAGUAUGAGCUUAGUGAUGGAGUACCUGCCCUAUGGGAGUCUUAAUGGCUACGUGUGGACUAACCGACAAAACAUCACCACCAGGCGGAUGCUGCUUUUUGCCUCUCAGAUCUGUAAGGGGAUGGAGUACCUGCAGACUCUACGCUACAUCCACCGAGACCUUGCAGCCAGAAAUAUUCUUGUUGCCAACGAUUCGCUGGUAAAAAUCGCUGAUUUUGGUCUGACCAAGGUUCUUCCGUUUGACAAGGAGUACUACCGCCUCUCACAGCCUGGACAGAGCCCCCUAUUCUGGUUAGCUCCAGAGUGCCUUAAUGAAAAUAAAUUCUCCAACAAAUCAGAUGUCUGGAGUUUUGGGGUCGUUCUUCACGAGCUCUUCGCCUACUGCGACAAUAGCCUUAAUCCCAAAAGGCUUUGUCUGCAGGAGAUCGGACAAAACGUCCAAGGUACAUCUAUAUCAAUGCAUCUGGCAAACAUGCUGGCAAACAACUGGAGGUUGCCAGCUCCUCCAGGCUGCCCUCCAAAGGUGUACAGUUUGAUGAACGACUGCUGGACAUACGACUUUGAUAAGCGUCCGACUUUCUCCGACCUCUCAAGAAAGGUUGAAAAUAUGAUCCAGGAUGACAGAUGAAAUGCAAAAAGCAGAGAAAUAAGCCUUGCAGAACCACACAGACGCUGCUUAACAGGAGUAUUUAAUGAUGCAUUUUAUUUAUUGCUUUACUAAAUGGCGGGCCACUGUCAAAGAAGUAUUUCCUAUUUUCCUUUUUUAUGUAUACUGUUUUGUUACUGACUAAUGGGACCUUAUCUAGAGGUUUCAGAGGCAGUCGCUAAUGUUAAGGUACUGCUCACUUAUGCUCCCUUUCCUCUAGUUUGAUUUGGCCCUACUCGGCUCGCUUUGAGAAUGUUUCCAUUACUGUUUUUUUCCGUAUCGGUAUCUACUUUUUUGGUCACUGCUCCUAAGCAGGUCAGGUCAAGGCUGAGUGGGGACUAGGCUACAUGUGACGUAAACAGACUGCUGUUCACUGAUUGGCCAUGGGACCAGGAGAAAUUACGUUUUUGCAGAGGCAAUGCAGAGCAGAGUUCAUAAAACUCAAAAGCGACUACAGUAAUGUUAAGGACUAAAAUAGCCAGAGCGGGUCAUACUGAAAUAUAAUUUUACUAUUUACAAAUAAUAAACCAAGGUUGGAUAUUGGAUAUUUGUGCUCCGCAGAUUCAGCGGGCUCGUCCUCCAGUUUAAUUAGAAGAAGGCAGUCUGAUUACGGGCAGCUGCUCUCUGCCUGCUCCCUCCCCCUGCAGACUCUGGUUCGCUUAAGGACCGUCAAUACAUUUCCGAAGCAAAACCCUGUUUCAUGGUGGUUUUGGAGGACAUGUUUUGGCGUCAGAACAGCUGAUUUAAUGUCUGAUCAGCUGAUUUAGGAUAAAUACAGCGCCCCGCCUGCAUGUAAUUCAGAGAGCGGUGUUGGAAAAUAUUCAUGCUAUGCUUAUAGGAUUAGUAUGGCUAUGCUUAAGUAUGUUUAAUAAUGUGUGAAAUAAAAUAUAAUGUGUAAUUUAGAAGAGGUCUGCUAACAGGCUCCUAUGUGUGUUUGACUUAGAUAACGUCUGCCCAGUGAUAAGAUAUUUCUGUAUGUAAGACUUACUUUUGCCCAGUGACAACAGAUAUUUUUAUAUUUCUACAUAUGUAAAUGAAGGUCAAAAAGUAGAAAAACAGGAAGUGUCGAAAAGUCAGCUGAAUGGGUGUCAGACAGCUCCAAAUAUGAAAUCAGACAGUCGAUUAAA